AUGUGGUAUGACGUCAAAAGUUCAGAUCAAGUGCCAUCGCUACAAGACGCUGGAAGCCACUUCUCACAAACAGAGCUAAAUUCUGUUGAUGAGCCUGUCACUUUGCAGCAAACGUCACCAGAUACUACAACACCCUCUUCUAGUGGCAACAUUUCCGAUCAAGACCAAGGAAAAGUAUUCGCAGAGGUUGUUGAAGCUGCCAAGGCUGGCGAUUUAGCAAAAAUAAUAAACCUCGUUUCAUCAUUGACGGAGUCAUCACCUCCAUCCAUGAACCCGUCAACAGCACAGACGACAUCUUCGUCUUCCGCGGUUUCGAACAGCUCUGGAGACUUGGUUCUUCCUAAUUUAUCUGAGGGUAUUGAUGCCGUCAUUCAGAGUGCAGCCAACCCUUCUCAAACCUCUGUGGUGUCGACAACAUCUGACACUCCUGCUAUCACUGCAAUUUCUUCAAAUGAUGCCAGUACUCCCGCUGGCGCUUCUUCGUCAUCUACGCCUCCUCAGCGGCCACCAUUUUCGUCCUCUCCCCCAGCUGAAGAGUCGAAAGCCUUAUCAACACCAUGUGAGGAAGAGAAAACUAAAGACUGCAAAUCAGAGAAUUCGCAACCGGUAAAUGAAUUGACGGGACCACCCCUCUCAGAACCGACAGUCACACCUUCAGUCGCAUUGCCCACCACCGUGUGGGGUACAUCCACAAAUUUGCCUCCCAAGCCCGUCUGCGUCACUCCUUCAAAUCUCUCUACGGAUAUUAACGUACAAUUGACAGUCUUGAACUCGGCUGGCGAACUUAGUCCAGUUCAUUUAUGCCUACCAGAGCAUCCACUUAUUAUACUGCGUGUUAACCCCAUUCCAGGAGCUCGUGUUGGGCAAAUAGUCACCUUGACUUUUUCUGCACAGAUGAUUUUGAAGACUAUAUCUAGCAUUCUGGAAAAUGGUGCCGUCUACAAUGGUGCACCAAUUAUAAUACCCAUCUCUACGGCACCUCUACCUCCGGCCUCUACCUCAGCACCUAGCACAGAAUCUGUUUCUAAGGCAAUUGCAUUGCCGGCGCCACCUCCACUCCCUUUGGGAAUGAAGUCGGCAGCUUUGUCUGGAGCUCGGAAGAUGCGAGCAAUCGCACCGAAGCCCUCCAACUCUGCACCGGGUUCACUACCUGUCUCUUCGGUUGCUACUGCUGCGAUGCGCACCGCCUCGAUCAAUCGACCAGCUAGAAAACUUUUUGCUGCUCCGGUUGCACCGAAUCCCCUGACUUUAUCAAACUCUUCCUCGGCAAUUGCUCCAGCAUCUGCCCCGAUUGUUAAUCCCGCCCCUCUUGUCAGCAGCAGUAAUGCCCGUAGUGCUUCAAUUCUCCGAAAAGUGAACGCCAAUUCACCUAAUUCGCGUAACCGUAAUCGCAGAAAAAAUCCUACUUCGACCCUCCCUCCCCCACCUCCAGUUACCGUAGCUGUUCCAACUACAACUUCGAUUGUGCCCCAGUCCACCGGCUAUAUUGUCGACCCCACGUCAGGCGCCCUCAUCACCACCGAUACCAGCACUGUCUCCGGUGGAUUUAUCCAAUCUAUUAUGCAAUCGGGGCCGAAUGGUCCUCAUUUUUUUGCACCAACUGGUUCGAUCUUGGUGGGUCCCUCAAACAAUCUUAUUCCAAUGCCGAUUAGUGGCGUUAUUCCUGCUGAGAGUAAGCCUCCAGACACCGAAACCGUUGAUUUAAUCACUGGGGCAGGCAAUUCCUAUCCAUCGGGCUUCCUUGUUCCCGCCGAUGGCAGUAAUGAUGGAUUCUCUCGACAGGUUUUUUUCACUAACGGAGGUGGACCGAAUGGUCAGUUUCUCUUGCCCAGCUAUCAGGCAGGUGCGCCAGGUGGUGAGUAUAUGCAAUCCUUUUCUACGCAACAAGCGGAGUACUUGCAGACUAAUGGAGGUGAAAUAUACUUCACCAGUGAUGGGUCCUGUUACAUGCCUUACACAGGAAUCAUUGGGCAACCACAACCGGUAGCCACUGUGGAUAUUAAGGAUGACGGAAGUGGAGUUGACAUGGUAUCAGAAACAGAUGACAUCAUCGAUAUCGCCAUGCGCGUUGCUCGCGAGGAUGUGGAUUGUAGUGUAGCCGUUACCGGUGCUCCUGUUACUGCGGAGACUGUCACCACGGCCCCCGGAACGAUUGAACUAACUGGUGACACCAAUGGAGUUAUCAGUGAAUUUAUACAGUCAUCAGCCGUUCCUCCUUUGACAUCCUCUGGCACAGAUUUUGAAGAACAAGCUAUUGAGCAUGUCUCUCCAGUUAUUGAUGAAUCUGUCUCUGCAGCUGAUCAGCAAACUAGUACGGGUGAUGCUAAGAUUGAUGCUCUCCUUGCUGAAGCAGCUCUUGUGAGCUCGGUUAAUGGUGUUGGAGAUAACCAGUCAGCUGUAUCUGUUCCUGUCACUUCAUUACUGGCUCCUCGUUCCAGCGUGUCGACAACUGCAGCUGCUGUUAAUAAUGCGGAGGCCUGUACAAUAGUGGAGGCAAAUGCAGUAGAUAUGAAUGAGUUCCCCCAGUCACUCUACGAUAGCUUUGCAAACUUCGAGGCUGCAAUGAUUCCAGAACCGGUUCCUCAUUCCUCCACAGAGGCGGCUACGGAGGCGGCCUUCACUUAUGUUACCCAGAAAGUUGGGGACCUUGACGCCGAAUUUGGAACCACUGACUCUGAUCUGGAUGUCACUUCCACAAAUGUUACAGAAUCAUUUCUUAAGUCACUAGUUAAUCAGGCAGAUGACUUAGAAGCAGAAAUGGCUAAUAAAGAAGAAACAUGCAAGGUUACUGAAUCUCUUGAAGGUCAAAAAGAGUCCGAUGGUACAUCGCAAAAUGACGCAGAUGGAAUUACUUCCCAAACUGAGAUGACGGAUCUCUUUCAGCUUCCUUUUAGUCGAAGCGUUGACGACGAUGUUACCGGUGGCGAUAGUGAUGACAAUUUCUUUUCAUUUACACGUGAUUAUGCUACUUCAGAACAGUUCGAUGCGGCUUUGCAACUUCUCGGUUCACAACCCUCUUCCAACUGUUCGCCUUCUCAUAUUCAAGAUGAUGUUGACGAGGCAGAUGAUAGUAAUGUAAAUGGAACAUAUUGCGAUGAUGCUCCAAUUGUUCCGGACAGUCUUUCAGUGAAUGACCAGGAAGUAAUAUCAAGAGAGAAGUCGUCUAGUCAUGACUCGAAACACAUUGAUGAGGUUUCAUUUACCGAGUCACUUUUGCCGCCAGAUUUAACCUUGAAUGCCAGCGUCCUCGGUUCCCCUCCUUUAUCGGAUAAGCUGAUGAAUGAAGCCAGUAUGCACAAGAAGGAGCAGGAUGGGAUCCCAUCCCCUUGUAGCACUUCUGACCCAACAGAUAUUAGAGAGGCAGUUCCCAUCGUCUCUGCUAAUGUUGACGUUGAGGAGGAGGACGAUGACUCGGGAAGUGAAUUGGACUUUCUACCAAGUCGCAAAGGACCAGAACGCGAUAUAACUCCUCUACCAUCACCAAAGAAUCUUCAGUCAUUUUCGCCAACACCGUCACAGUCCCAGCCAAAGGAAUUACCAUUGAGUGUCGAGGACAUAUCUAGUUCUCCACAUCCCAUUCCUCUUCCGAUUACUACGUCUCCGAUCUCCGCUACAUCACGGAGAACUCUCAGGCUCCCCAGGCAAUCAACUCCUCGUGUAAGGUUUUCACGUCGGAAAUCAAUAUCUAGUGCGAUUUCACCGAGUUUGCGCCGUAGGAGUAGAAGAGGUCGGGGAGGUACCUCUUCUACACCUGUUUCUCCGCGUCAGCUACGCUCAUCGCUGGUAAAACAGAAAGAGGACACUGUUGAGGUGUCAGAGGGGGAGUCGUCGGAUGAGAUGCUGCCUUUGAAAGACACAAUUUCGAAGGAUCUCAUCGAUUUUGAUCAAACCGUGUGCUCUAACCAUUCACAAGACGACAGUCCCACUUUUCCUAUGCUCGGCAAUGAUGUAGGCAGCUCAUCGAGACUCACGCUUGACUCCACUUUACCAAGUGAUCCUUGUGUUGAUGAGUCAAAUGUUCUCUGCAGUGUGGAGUUGUCGCAGUCGCCCAAGAAGAGACUAGGAGCAAUUGAUGAAUUAACAAUAUCAAAUGCUCCCAACACUCUGACUGUCAAAGGAUGUCAUCCAGAAGAGGAUUCAUCGUCAGUGUCGUGGGACUUAAGCAGUGCCAGACCAACAUCGUUUGGGUUAAGCAGUGUGUCUGUCGUCUCUUCGUUAAUUCCCGUCAACAAUUUCGAGUCUCGAUUGGAGCUGCGGGACAAUCCGGUUCUGCAGUCAGACAAACCCUUUUGGAGCAACUCGAAUGGACCAGCUUCUACUGAGGACGAUGAUGAUGAUGAAGAGGGAUGUGAGAGGGAGAGAGGAAAAAGGGUGGAAACGGGGGAGCCGGAUGAGGACAGUGAAUCAGAUUCUUCUCCUAGUCUCCUAGCUACUAUUAGAGCGGCCUCUCUUGCCCUCAAUCUCCCCUUCAGCCCUCCAAUCGCCUUACCUGGAAACGAAACAGCCUUUGCUCAAUUCGCGUCAUCGGUUUCUUUACCAUCCUUCGAUGCGUUUGUUCCUCCUGAGGUGUGCAAUGUUGAUAGUAAGUACGCCAAACCUGACAGUAGCGUUGCUGCUGUCACUACUUCCAGAGAUGGUGAUGAGGAUGAAGAUGAUGGAGACGAUGGGUCAGGGGAUAUCACACCAAGCUCCUGGAUUCCGGACCCAACAAAGCUUAUGUUCUCUGAAAAUCUCUUCCCCCCCAAAUUCUCUCCGCUGCGGAUCCUACAACCUCCAUCAGUUCCUAUUCUACAAGAUAAAGUUUUGAGCUCCUUCUCUGCUAUCGCAGAGGCAGCCCCAGGGAGGGAAGGAUUCUCUACUAAUCCCAUCGUUAAUACUCAUCAGGAAAGCUGUCAGCUACUGUGUCACCAGUCUGGACCGUCCUUAUAUGAAAGAACACAAGAGUUGGUUACAGUAUCGUCUCAAGAAGAAGUAACCGUGGAUGAAAGUCUACCUGGCACUAGACAUCUCCCCAUACAGUGUGAGGUUGUUUCGGAUUCAAAGUUGGUCUCGCCGGUAGCGAAGUUUGUAGGUCCCAGCACCGUUAACCCACCUCCUAUAGCUCCUCAGCCGUCAUCACCACCUGUUCAAAUAAUCGACCUGCCUACACCCUCUAGCAAUGAAGCUGUGUCUUCAAGCAGUGACUGUGCUGCCGAACUUCAAGAUCAAAAGCCGACGGUGCAACCGCCGAUCCGCCUGAAAUUGAAGCUUACAGAUAUUAGACUGCGUCAUAAGAAAGUCAAUAGAAAGCGUAAAGAUGAACAAGCGGCAUCGCAGCGACUGCAGGACAUCGAUGCUUCAUCUCCACCAAAGACUCUUAAGAUUGGCACCAUUUUGCGGUUCUCGCGUGUUGGGGGAACGUUUCGCACUGAAACAGUGGUGGCACCGCAGUCGUCGCCGAACCGAACCGCAUCAUCACCACCGCAGCCAACACUACAACCGCCUCCAACACUGUCUACUACUGCUAGAGGUUCCGUUCCGCCGAUUCAGCCAAUAUGGGCGGCAUCUAAAUUUUCCAAGCGUGGACGUGGAGGAAGAGGGGGUAGAGGUAGGAGUGGAGGCAAUUUUUGUGCUGACCGUGUUGCUACUUUUACCACUGCUUCGGCUGCUUGUUGCAAUGUGGAUGAAAACAACGGUAGAAAUGAAGCUUCUGCCGAUCUGCAGCAGUCUUUUGUCUCAUGCGGUGUCAAGGCAGUUGCUCCUACCCUCUCCAAGAAGUUCUUCUCCUCUUCCAAAGAAGAUCGUCGCAGCAGUGCGAUCCGAACAGUGCGUCCUUGGCGUUCGACGUUCGGAAACAUAAUCCGAAAACGCGGUCGUUUAUGUGGUACAACGGAUCGUGUAGGAUCGCUUCGAAAUAGCAUAUCGAACCAACCUCCUCUUCCAUCGGUAUCUCGAGCACAAUCACAACAGCCUCCUCCUCUUACUCAAUCUAAUUCCGCUUCUCCCAACGACCCAAUCCGUCUCGUGAUCCGUCUUUCCAAGGAGAAGGACAGCAGUGUAGAUGCGGGUCAGCUCCUGGCAAACUGUCAAGCAAAUGGUGGCCAGCUCCAGGAGGUGGAGGAAAGUACCACUGUGACAAGUAAUGAGGGAGAUACUGUUGAUGAUGAUGUUGGGGAGGAUGAGGGAGAGGAAUUGGAUGAAGGAGAUGGAAAUGAAGUGGGAAAUGCAGUGACUGGUGAAUCCGCUCAACAGUUUUUGGUUGCUCCCGAAGCGGAGACCUUUAUCGAUAAGAAUCAGGCUCGAGUGCGUGUAGUUCUCAACAGGGCCCUUUAUACUGCCAACGGAAUCGAUCCGGAUGGUGACGACGACGAUGAUGAAGAUGAUGAGGAGGAAGAGGGGGAGUCAUCUUUUUCUCCCUCUACUCACGGAAGACUUCGCCGUUUACCCACAGUAAAAAACAUGCAACCGGCAGUUCAAAGACCUACUAUUUCUUCUGAGCAGCGCUAUCGCAGCCACCAGGUCCCUCAAACUGGAAGUCAAUCCUCUAGCUAUUCAUCACAGCAACCUGCUACUUCGAUAUAUAAUCACCAGACUACUACAGGUCCUCCAGUCUCCUCAUCCGCGACUGCUGUUUUCAGUCCCCGCCGUUGUGACAUGUCGACGGCACCCUCAGGUAUGCCACAGGCUCGACCGCAAAGCGAGGCUGUUAGUAGUGCUCGGAGUAGUAGUACAGCCAGCGGGAGUCUUCCUGCACCUAGUACGAUCUCUCCUCCCGCCCCCUUUACAAUCGCUGCAACGACGAGUGAGGCAGAAAGUAGUGGUGGCGGUGGCCCUCCCACACAAGAUCAUCACCAGAGUGUCGCUGUUGAACAGCAACAGCAACAGCAACAGCAGCAUUUCUACCAAAGACACCUUCCUCGCCAGUUUGGUGAACCGGACGAGAGUGAGCAGGCAUCAGGCCAGCACUCUUACGUUGUGCCCAAAAUGGAGAACACCUCUCAGCCGCCUACUCCGGCUACGUCUGCUUAUCCCCAGGAGGCUCACUUUGCUCGCCACUUACGAGAUUUUCCCACGAUUCCCACACAACAGCACCAUCAGCAACAACAGCACCAAGCGCUGGCGGCUGCCUGUGCAGCUGCUGCUGCUGCCUAUGUCGGGAAUUUUGAACCGGCGACCAUGCAGGCAAUGUGGGCCUCGUCCUUCCUUAAUAAUCUUAGUGGGGCCCCAAGUGGUUACGCACAGAGCCAGCAAUCGCCGCUCUCCUCCAGUCGUUAUAGUCAUCAUCAGCAUGACCAACAGCACUCGUCUCGUGGACACUUGGAUACAUCACAUCAACCUCAACCGCAGCAUCAGCAACAGUUGCAACAGCAACCCGUAUUUCCACCUUAUCGAGGAGAAGGGGAUGCUUCACGCGGCCAUACUAAUGAAGCACAUCAGCAGCCCCCAUACUCAGUACCUUCGCAUUUCACACAUCGAGUUGUGCCCGAUAGUGGAGCGCUGAACUACUACUGGCAUUCUCAGCAGUAUCAGCAAUUCCAGCAGCAGAGUCACAAUGCGACACAACUGAGAGCGAUUGAUAGGGCGGCGUCUUACUACUCCGCCGCCUCGCCGGCUCUACAACAACAGCAGCAACAUCAUGCAUCGACACCACAUCCCAACACAGGCCUCGCCUCCCAGUGGUAUCAGAGUGGAGGUGGCGGUGUACAAUCGUCGACUGGCCAGCCGUCACCAGCUGCACCACAAGCGGCAAGUUCGACGUCUGGCUACUCCCAAAUAGACGACUCAGCUGUUGUCGCGGCUGUUGCAGCUGCUGGCUAUCGGUUGCCCCCAUUUCCAAGACUCUCUUGA